AUGACCACAAUUCCUAUUGGUUUUCGUGUUGCCCAAGCUGUCGGCUUCACGGGUGCUGCUUGGCUAUCUGGUAACAUCGCCGCUUUAAGCAUGAAUGCUGCACCUGCAGUCUUGCGUGCCCGGGUCGAAGACAAUUUGCCAGUCAAAAAUACGGUGAAGCUUUGGAGAAAUCUCUAUGAAUCCGGCAAAGCCCAGAACCCUCCUGUUGCAGCUCUCACCGCCUCGGCCUUCUUCUACCUUGCGUGGUCCAACCGCUCUAGUUCGACACUAAUUCGCCAAGUUGCGCGCAACAGCCCUGCAUUGUACGGCACGGCAGCAAUUCUGACCUUGAGCAUCGUACCCUUCACUUUCGUUGCGAUGAGUAGCACUAACAAUGCACUCUUGGCCAAGACAGAGUUAGACUCUGAACCAUCCGCUCAAACAAGCGCGGAGAUUGAUGAUCUUGUGAAAAAGUGGAUCUCGCUCAAUGGCAUUCGGAGCCUCCUACCUUUAGCAGCUGGUGUCUUUGGCAUAUUCGCCGCCCUCGCGUAA